GAGGGCGGAGUUCAGUCCCGACAAAAUGGCGAGCGGAGUUGGAAAGCACAAGCUGCUGUCUCUGGGCCCCACGGAGCCCUGGUCAGUGAGAGAAAAGCUGUGCUUGGCCUCCUCUGUCAUGAAGAGCGGAGAUCAGAACUGGGUGUCGGUCAGCAGAGCCAUCAAACCUUUUGCAGAGCCAGGAAGACCCCCCGACUGGUUCUCACAGAAGCACUGCGCUUCCCAAUACUCCGAGCUCCUCGAGACGACAGAGACCCCAAAGCGAAAGCGCGGCGAGAAGGGAGAGGUGGUGGAAACAGUGGAGGACGUGAUCGUGCGUAAGCUCACGGCAGAGAGGAUCGAGGAGCUGAAGCGCCUCAUCAGGGACACGCAGGAGAAGCACAGGAGGCUGAAGAAGGAGUCGGAGCUGAUCCAAGCCGGGCACCUGGACUCCAAGUUGGAGGAGCUAUGGGGGGGCGUCGUGCAGAAGGAGAAGCAGGAAGAGGAAGAGGCGGAGCUAAAGCGGAAGACCACAGAUGCCGCCUAUCAGGCUCGCCUGGCAGUGAAGAACACCCCCAAGCGUGUGCCCAGUGUAACAGUGCGCUCUCCACUGGGGGCCAGCUCACCCAGCCUGGACUUCCCACCAGCAGAGCGGCCGCCAGCAGCCCCUGAGGAGCCCAGUGUCCCAGCGCCAACUCCAGGGGGCGCCGUGUUCAUGCCCCUGCCGGAGGCGGCAGCGCCCGGCCUGGGGGAGGGCGGUCUGGGCCCUCUCCUGGAUGACUCCCCCCAGAAGAAGCUGCUGGGCCAGAAGGCCACACCCCCACCUUCCCCGCUGCUCUCGGAGCUGCUGAAGAAGGGCAGCCUGCUGCCCACCAGCCCCCGACUGGUGGGGGAGGGAGACGGCCCCGCAGGUCAUGUGACCGGCGCCCACGGCACGGCCGAGCUCCAGCUGCCGACCACGGCUCUGCCCACCUCGCAAGCGGCGACAGGUGCCCCCACGCUGUCCCGUCUGCUGGAAGCCAGGCCCGCCCACUUCCCCUCUCCCCUGGGCUCGCUGGCCAUGAGCCCAGCGCCGGACAACCCUGGUUCGCUCAACACAGGGGACGACUUGGCCGAGAACCCCGCAGCUGGAGAGCCCCCCCCGGCGGCCGCGGGGAAGGAGGCGGAGCUGGGCGAUGAGGACCUCGUCACCGUGUCCUACAUGGGGGACGACCUGGACCUAGAAACUGUGGGUGACAUCAUUGCCAUCAUUGAGGAGAAGGUGGACGACAACGCAGAGGCACUGGAUGCGGCGGCGGUGGAGGCCGCUCUGUCCCUGUGCGAGGAGGUGGCCGACAGCCACGCCCUGACGGGCCCCUGGGAGGCGGGGCCCUUCAAGCCGCCGGAGCCAGGCCCCGCGGCCCCGCCCAUCGUUUCCCCGGUUGCGGCGGUGACCGAUGCCGCCAGGGAGGCCAAGACGGAGCCACUAGAGGAGAAGUGCCGGCCACUGGGUGCCACGAGCCUCAUCUUAGCCGCCGCCCACUCCCACCUGAGCCCCGCCCCUUCCUCUUCCGCGGUCAUUACCAGUCUCACACGGGCAACGUCGCCCCUCCCUGAGGCAGGGACACAAGGCGGGGCCAGCAGAGGGGAGGGCCCAAGGGAACAGAACUCCGCCUCCCCACAUGUCACCAUCAAGUUUGAGAGCGAGGAGUGGCCACAGCCAGGUGGUGACACACCCAGGGCCGGUGAGCAGGACGCGGGGCUUCGCUGCACGCCACCAUCCCCGGUGUCACCCUCCCGUGACCCCGCUGCUCUCUCCUCCCCAGACUCGGGAGCUGAAGACUGCUGUGCGUCGGAAACCCCCUCCAAGGACGUGAAGGAGGAGGACGUGGGGAGCGAUGCUGAUGAGGGCAGCGGGACGGAGAUGAAGGAAUGUGGGGAGGGGGACCCGGGCGAAGGUGAGGGGUGUCCUGGUGAGGGGGCGGAGCCCUACCUGUCGGAGGCGGAGUUGGAGCCAGCAGCGAGCGAGAGCGAGGACGGGUGUAGCCUCCACACAGCCUCCUCUCUGCAGCUGCACAACACGGCCGACUCCAUCCCCAGCAGCCCCGCAUCCUCCCAGUUCUCCAUGUGCAGCGAGGACCAGGAAGCCAUCCAGGCACAGAAGAUCUGGAAGAAAGCCAUCAUGCUGGUGUGGCGGGCUGCAGCCAAUCACAGGUAUGCCAACGUGUUCCUGCAGCCAGUGACAGACGACAUAGCGCCGGGGUACCACAGCAUCGUUCACAGGCCGAUGGACCUCUCCACGAUCAAGAAGAACAUCGAGACCGGCCUGAUCCGUACCACGGCCGAGUUCCAGCGCGACAUCAUGCUGAUGUUCCAGAACGCCGUCAUGUACAACAGCUCCGACCACGACGUCUACCACAUGGCGCUGGAGAUGCAGCGUGACGUGCUGGAACAGGUGCAGCAGUUCCUGGCCACACAGCUCAUCAUGCAGACGUCCGAGUCGGGCAUCAGCGCCAAGAGUCUGCGGGGUCGCGACUCUGCCCGCAAGCAGGACUCUUCUGACAAGGACAGUGUACCCAUGGCCUCUCCUGCCUUUCUUCUCUCUCUCUUUGACGGUGGCACCAGGGGGCGCCGCUGUGCCAUCGAGGCGGACAUGAAGAUGAAGAAGUGAUCCCCGAGAGAGGGAGGAGUAUCGCACCCAUCGCAUCCUGUUUCAGUUACCAAAAAAAGGCUCACUAACAUGACAGCUCUUUCUGGAAUUCACACAAGAAUCUCACCCGGGAAUACAGAUCCGUAUUCCUGUUCUUACAGUGAUAGAACAAGGAUGUCACAAAAAAUACAAGCGAAAGUGUUUGUUUUUCUGUUGUCUGACUUCGGGGGGGGGGGGGGGGGGGGUCAGACGGGCCCAUGUCUAUCUCUUUUACAACCAAUUUUAAAAAUACGUUGUAAUUAUGUAUCUGUCUUGUGCUGUUGUAAGUGCAGUGUGUAGUUUUGUACAGUCUUGUCUUGCGUACAGAUUAUACUUUUUUAAAACGUAACGUGUGUCAUAAACAAUAAAUCUGAUUAAAAAGCU